GACGGCUUCGACCCGAUGUUCCCGCUGCAGAACCAGGGCGUAGCGAUGCUGGUGGGCUUCCUGAUGGGCGCGGCCACCGUGUGGCUUCUCGAGACCGUGUCCGUGUUCGGCGAAGACUCCGCCAUCACCGUGAUCGUGUGCGGCACCUACUUCGCCUACUUCUUCCUCGAGAACGUGCGCAGCUCCGGCGUCACGGGCGUUGUGGUCUACACAAUGACCGUCAACUCGCACCGGUUGAUCGCCUGCACCGGCCUCAGCCGGUCCCUCGAAGAUUAUUGGGAUAUGCUGUAUGACGUCACGGGCACGCUGGCUACCUGCGUGUCAGCUUCGUACACCGCCGUGCUACUGAUCCAGUACGCAUCCACGCUGGACUGGAAGGCCUUGUGGACCUGUUACGUCAUCAAGGUAGCCAUAAGGUGCGUGGCGGUGGUGGUGCUGUACCCCGUGAUCGGGCACUUUGGCUACCAGGUCACCGUUCGCCAGGCCAUGGUGCUCGCCUGGACGAGCGUCAAGGGAACCUUCCUGGCCUCCAUCGCCACGAUGCAGCACAUGCGGCGCGAGAACGUCUACACUGAGAGCAUCACUAAGUCCUACCUGUACGCAAUUGGUGACAUGGUGCUCACGCAGCUCAUCAAUGUGACCUUCCUCCCGGUGGUACUUAGCGCUAUGGGCGUGCUGGAGGUGUCGGACGUCGAGCUUCGCACCAUGCGCGACGCGGUGCAGUACCUGAAGGAGGCGACCGACUCGGCGCGUGCCCUGUACAUGAAGGACGACUCGUUCCUGCUGGCCGACUGGCGCUGGGUGACGCGCAGCACGAUUGUGCGCAACCCGCUCGAGGCCACGUUCCGCUUCCAGUCUGCCAUGAGCACUGGCUGUGUCGUGCGGCUUCAAAAGGUCCCCCGGCACAUCGAUACCUUGGCUGUCGAAAAUGUCCUCAGGAUCGAGCAGGUCAGCUACGCUCGACAGUACCGCCAGGGGAUCAUUCAGCGGAGGACCAAGCUGACCCUAAUCGCUGCACUUCAGUACCCAUUCGAUAAGAAAGUGUACUUGGACAUGGACAUCAUUGGGUCAAUUCUGGCGAUCCCAAAAUGGGUCUUCUGGCUGAAAGAGAAUUUGGGCACGGUGCGCGAGAAGGGGCUCAUCGAGGACACGUACAGCGGGUCCGACGUUGUGUAUCGGCCGCUGCGCGAGCGCGUGGUCGAACUGUUCGAGCAUGCGUACUACGAGGUGGUCGUCACCAGCUCCACGCUGGCGGUCGUAUUCGUGUUGGCCGGCCUCGUGCGCAUCGUGAUGUUGAUGCCCCGGAGCAACGCCUUCAUCGGUGCCAUCACCGUCGAGGCCCUGUACCUCACCAUGUUCACCACCGAGGUCACCAUCAUGCUUCUGUUGGAGCGCAUGGCCGAUGUGAUGCACCGGUACCUGGACGAGAAGAUCUACGACGCGUACGAGAUCGGCCACGCCAUCGUCACCGGCGAGGAGGAGGUGCAGCAGAGCGUCUGGAAGUUCGUCAACAACGACAACAUCACGGCCGACAUCCGCGCACGCGCCACGCUCAACCGCCUGCUCGUGCUGCGAAGGCUCGUCGAGAUUCAGUCUCGCUUCCCGGACAUCAUGGUGGCCUUUCGCUCUCGCCAGGCGAGCACCACCAUCUUGGACGACGUGACCAAGAACGUGCAGGAGCACCAGGCUGAAGGGUUGCUCGACACUGAAGCUGCCCACGAAUUGCGCGCGAUGCUCAAGGCACGGCGCAUGCGCAUCAUCGCUGGUCCCUGUAGCCUGCCGACCAGCUACAAGCCCAUCGCCAUGCUGCGCGUGAUUCCCUGGAUAGACUCGGACAGCGUGCGACAGUUCCUUGCGAUCCAGAUCCGCCCUGUCUCAUUCGCGCCCCAGGAAGUGAUCGUGGAGCGAGGGGAGGAGAAUCCGAUCUUGCUCACUUACUCCGGAAUCCUCAAGAUCGAAGGCGAGUUCGAGAACCCUCGAGACGGCUCGCUGCCCAACUCGGUGUCGCAGCUGUUCUUCUACAACGAGGGUUAUUUCUUGGACUACGUGAGUGCGCCCGCCUGUCUCGGUGUCUUGGGACUCGUCACCGACGAACCCUCCAUCACGCGCGUGGUCGCCGAGACGCAGAUCAACGCGUACGUGGUGCCCAGGGAGCGCGUCAUGGAGGCAAUACAGAUCUUCACCAGGCCUCCGAGCUUCAUUUUCCAGAUCUGGUCUUAUAUUGCCAGGAUCAUUGCCUUCAUGGUACUACAAACGCAGCCGAAGUACCAGACGUGGCCCCUGGACAAGAUCAGUCGGAGGCUGGAAUCCUUCCUCCUGCCAGACCUGGAGCGCUGCUCGAAGUUCAACCUGACCGCGGAAAUAGAAGACGCCAUCUUGAUACAGGGCACUGCCCUUGACCCCGAAACGCAAGAUUAUUUCGUCGCCCCGAUCUACCUGCCUUCCCAAGCCAUGAAGAUAACCUUCCCGUUCUACCAAGAGCGAAUACGUCCGGUGAUGCUGAUAAUAGCCAGCAAGGACUACAAGCUUCCGCCGGAAGUGGACUGGCUCCAGACCAAAGGGGACGACGAGAUGCAAAACGAAUACGAGGAAAACUUCAAAAUAGUCAACACUACGGCGGAGCGGGGUGACGAUUUGACCGAGAAGGUCCUGUCGCACCGUCAAAGUAUGGACUUGUAUUGAGAAAUCGCGAAAGGAAAGUGACGUCGUCCUGUUUGUACGAUACGACGCGUCAUUCGGCGAUCACUGCCGAAAGUCAACUUGUUGAUACUGGACAACGAAUUAGCGUAUUUUCGUAUAGCCGAAGCAGGAAAUAGAUAAUACUACGUGUAUAUACUCCAAAUACAAGCGC